UUUGUUGUCAAAUCGCCGCAAAGUUGUGUGUUGCAUAUUGGAGAUAAUUUUAUUGUUUUGCUACUAUAUUUUUGUCCAAAUAUUCUGCGAUAAGGCUGCACAAUGAAUUUAUCUGAGGAUAACACGUUUGGUAACGGGCUUUUAUAUGUGGGAUUUAAUCAAGAUCAAGGUUGUUUUGCUUGCGGAACGGAGAAUGGAUUUCGGGUGUUUAAUAGCGACCCACUUAAGGAAAAAGAGCGACAGAAUUUCGCUGAAGGUGGUCUUUCUUACGUAGAGAUGCUAUUUAGAUGCAAUUACAUGGCUUUGGUAGGAGGUGGUAAAACCCCCGUAUAUCCUCCGAAUCGAGUCAUAAUUUGGGAUGAUUUAAAAAAAGAUUCUGCAAUAUCACUCGAUUUCAACAGCCCCGUGAAGGCUGUGAAGCUGAGAAGAGACCGCAUUGUUGUUGUAUUGGAGAACUUGAUAAAAGUUUAUACAUUUACGGCCCAGCCUCAGAUGCUGCAUGUGUUUGAAACAUGCCAGAACACUAGAGGACUGUGUGUUGUCUGCCCAAACAGUAAUAAUGCACUGCUUGCCUACCCCAGUCGUAAAACAGGCCAUGUCCAGUUGGUGGAAUUAACCACACAUGCAGGUGCCAGUGCUGCCCCAGAAGGUCACUUGAUAGCUGCACAUGAAGCGCCACUCAGUUGCCUAGCUCUUAAUGUGGGUGGCACCAGGCUGGCUACUGCCUCCACUAAAGGCACGCUCAUCAGAGUUUUUGAUACAGGCACUGGACAGAAGCUUGCUGAGCUCAGGAGAGGAGCACACCAGGCUACAAUUUACUGCAUAAACUUUAAUCACUCAAGCACUAACUUAUGUGUAACAUCAGAUCACGGCACAGUCCAUGUGUUUAGCCUAGAAGAUGAAAAGCUCAACAAGCAGUCCGGUUUGGCGACAGUAAACUUCUUACCAAAAUAUUUUUCAAGCAAUUGGAGUUUUUGUAAAUUCACUAUCCCCAAUGGACCUCCAUGCAUCUGUGCCUUUGGAGUUGACAAGAGUUCCAUCAUUGUUAUCUGUGCUGAUGGUUCUUAUUACAAAUACAAGUUUAAUGAAAAGGGCGAGUGUACUAGAGAUGUUUAUGCUCAGUUCCUGGAGACAUCGGAAGACAGAUAAACAUUACAUCUCAAUGAAGACGAGGUAAUAACAAACUGUCACCCGAAAACGUGAGUGUAUAAGUGAGCUUGUCUCCUGUAAACUCAUAUUCGCGAUAUUUGUUGAAUUUUUCGUGUGAUUCAUUAGUGAUACUACCUGAAAUUUAUAGAAAUAUAAUUAUAAUAACAUUCAAUGUAGAGAUAAAUAUUAUAUACAAUUAUGAUGAUGUAUUUGUAAUGAAGAGAUGUAACUUGAAUUUUCAAGUAUCAUGUUGGCUUUAGCCAUGCAACUUAGAUGCAAAAAAAUCACAUAUCAUAUAUUCACUCACUUUCAUUAAGUACCUACUUUGUUAUUAGAUGUUGGAGGCAGACUCAUUUAUAAACAAGACAAGUAUUGGCAACUAUCAUAUAGUGCUAUGUUACACAAUUCAUUCCCUGACCAACAAAAUGAAUAAUAAAUAUCUAAUUGUAGUUUGAGCUUUAUGUUGCUCUGUGACAUGUUAUAAAAUCUUAGAUUUUACGAUUGAAGACUUUAAAAAUACAAAACGUUAGAUUAGUUGUUUAGGCCAAGAAUUGUGUGAUUUUAUAUGAAAGCAUUGAAGGUGCAAAAUAUGUGUAAGAUAUUUAAUCAUUAACAUUGUGGUUGUAGCCAUUUAGUUGUUGUCACAGGGUGGCAUUAACUUGAGGGUGCCCCUUAGACAAAUGGCAAUAAUGGUAUUUAAACAUUGGUUGAACUAAUGAAUAGAACGUAAACUUAAGACAUGGUUCAACAAGCCACAUGAUAAUGGUAUAACUUUAUAAUGUUAUAUUUGUGUCUUGUUUCUUGGGAAUUUAAUUAUAUAAUCAAUGUUUUUUCAUGGAAUUGCGACAUUUGGUCGUAUGUACUUGUUCAACUCAUUUUUAAAAGCCUUCAUUGCUAUUUGUCUGGGGGUAAAGGGAGAAGGUCAGGCAAAUCAUUGGUCGCGUCAUGUCUGUUGCACAUGGUCAAUGUACGAAUCUUCUUCUAUAUUGCAUACUUAUCACAUUGAAACAACAAUAUCACUCACUAGAUCAACUAAAUUUUAAUGCACAUUGAAAUUCAUGGAAUUCAUUACAAACAGCUUUCAUUCCUUGUAUGUGACUUACUGUUAAAGAAUCUAUGUGAAAAAUAUUAUGUAUGUUGUUUUGUUUUAAUGGUUUAGGCAAAUUUUCUGCAAAAAUGUUUAGGAAUUUAAAGUAUUAAAUUAUUUUUGAAUCCAAAAGAACUCCAAUAUGACAAAAACCAUCGUUAAUUUAUAUAUAUAAAUUAAAAUUAAAAUAAUAGUAAUAGAUUUGGUAUAUGAAAUGAAAGGAAUCAUUUACAAUUUUGGUUUACUCAUUCAUAGGUACAUUUUAUAUUUCAAAAUUUUGCUUAGCAGUUGCAUAUUAAUUCAUUCACAUUAUAGUUAACUUUGAGUAAUUGGAUUUAUUAAAACUUAAGACUGGAUCUUUGAUCAAUAUUUGUUAGUUACUAUAUUAUUGCAAAAUUGCGCAUUAUGUAGACUAAAAGUUAAGUAAAAAGUACUUUAUUGAGAUGUUAGAGUUAUGACAUUAUUAUUUAUAUAACCUUUUUCACCUAGAUAUUAUUAUACAUUAUUAACAUGGUCAAUCAAAACAGCGAGACUCCCAACAACUUCCGACAUGUAGUACCUAAUUGGUUUUUCUAAUGAAUAGUUUUGUUAUUUUUUGUAUGAAGUACUACCUAAAAUCAGUACUUCAAGUAGAAUUAAAACGUUUGUGAUAUGAAUUGAUCAAGUGGUGCAAACAAGACCAACCAAAGAAUGUGAAACAUACUUUUGUACGACAUUGCCUACAUGAAAGAUAAUAACUUGAUGGGACAAGAUUAUUGGUUGAAUUUAUUUGUUUCAUUUGAUAAGCGUGAUUGCUGUAUUCUUAUUAUAUAUAUACUUUUAAUGCUACUUCUUAUACCGUGCCUUUCCCUGAUAAUUUACAUGAAUUUUAUACUCGGUAUAAUAAGUAUUAUGCCAAAGUUGAUGUUUUGUUUUCAUCUUUGUGAUCUCGGUGAAUAUUAUAUCUCUUCGUGUUGACUUCCAAGCGGAAAUAUUAAUUGUAUCAGUGUACUAUAAUCAUUUAUUUGAAAAGUUUAUUUUUAAAUCUGUAGUUUGAUAUCGCUGUAUAUUUAUGUAGAUAAGUGACGAGGCUCACAACACAUUGCUUUAAACUUUAAAAUACUGAUUUAAAUUAUUGUCAUAAGUGUUCAUUAUGAAUACAAUAAAAUUGUCUAAGAUUUGUUUAGAAACCGACUUCAAAAAGGCGGGGUUCUCAAUUCGACUUAGUCUUGUUUUUACUUUUGUGAUAUCUAAUUUCAAGUAAUUUGCGCUCGACUCCGAAAUAUUUCGUGUUCAGUGUUAGUUAUACUUCUGCUGUUUUUAUUUACAUUCGGUGAUUAGCAGCUCUGUAGAUUUUAUUUUUUUUAAGAAUCAUAUUAUUUUUGUGAUGUUUGUUAACCAUGCAAUGUCCUGUAAUUGUAAUCAAGUAAUUUUUUUAAAUAAAUUAAGUAUAUUUUUCUAUGUGACUAUUAUUUUUCCCUGAU